CGAGGCAGCAUGUGCAGCCUCGUGGCACCGGCGCCCCAGCACACGGCAUGAGUCAGUGUGAGCGCGCCCGCGUUCGGGAGGCGACGCAGGAGGAGGAGGCGAGGGUGGAGGAGGCGAAGGCGGCGACGGAGGAGUUUUGCGUCACGCCCGUUUGCCCGCCCGCCCACGAGACCUCACCUCUCUCGGAGAAGGCGAGGGCGGCCGUUGUUUCUCCCGUUGGUUGUUAGCGCCGUUUGUUUUUUUUCCGUUGGCGUUGAAUGUGUGUUAAUGUAAAGCCGAGGCGUUGUUCGCGUGGAGAGAUAAUUAAGGAAAAUAGAGAAAGAGAAAGAGAGAUAGAAAGAGAGAAUCAGAGAGGGAAGGGAAUAUAGUCGCUUUCUUGACGCUGAUUUAUAUUCUAUCGUUUGAUGAUCGGGGAGAAAAAAAAAGUUAUAGAGUUAGAAAAUGCUUGUGUCGUAGAUUAAGGAAGGAAAAAAACAAACAAAAACAAACAAACAAACCAAUCUAACGGUGGUAAUGACUAGCGAAUCAACUUUUGUUUUUUAAGAAACGUAACAUAAAAUAACUCAUAAAUAGAUUUCUUUUACGUUUUACGGAAACAAAAAGCGAGCAACAGUUUACCCCAAACUCACUCGAAAAACGUCAAUGCAAAAAAUACCUCCUCUACUGUGUAUGUGUUUUUUUUUUUAAUCUAUUCUGGAUGAAAUAAAAACAAAAAACAAUCUCACUUAACACUUGGACAAAAGUUUGAAAAAAAAAUGUGGAAAUUCAAACACUGGCGUAGUUCUUGCAUGCUGUAGUGUAAAUAUUAGUAUUCAGUAGGAUGAGAAUAAUCUUAAGUAAAAAAUAAAGGAAUAUAAGAAAGAUAAGGAAAUAAAUGUAAAUAAAAAAGAAUACUGAUAAAGUUAUAAUAAAGUUUACCUAACCAGACAAUAAAAAAAGAAACAAAACUAACCAAACAGAAAAAAAAGACAAACAAGAAAGAGGAAAGAAAAAGAAAAAAAAAACAACAACGCCGAAACACGAGAGAAACAAACAAACAACCUAAAGCUAUCACAUUCUCUCUCAAAAGCAAAAGAAAAGAAAAGAAAAGAAAAACACGAAACGAAAAGAAAAAAAACGAAACGAAAAGAAAGAAAGAAAAAAAAAACGAAAAGAAAAGAAAAGAAAAGAAACGAAAAAUAAAAUUACGGUAAAUCUAAAGAUCUUUCACAAGUGUUCGACCAGCAAGGGACCGACCACCAGCAUGGCUCCAUCAACCGGUGUUUCUGCUUCCUCGUUUCUCUUCAUUGCUCUUCUUCACCUCAUCCGCAGCCAGGACGAUGACGUGUGGUCGGUGACGGGGGUGUCAGGACGCUCAAGUGACCUGCCUUGUUACUUCACGCCUCGUAUACCUGGCGACCGCCCAAAACUCAUACUCUGGUACAAGGAAUCUAUGAAAAGUCCUCUCUUUAGCCACGACAACACCAGGGCGCCCGAAGAGCAGACGGAGCAACACCAAGAGGGGGGCGGGGUACUGACCGUCACCUUAGGCUCGGCAACACUCACCUACCAGAACGUGACGCCCCAACACGCCGGCAUGUAUGAGUGCAGAGUGGAUUUCUACCAGUCUCCCGCCCACACCAACCUGGUGAAUUUCUCCGUUGUGGAGUUGCCCACCAGCGUGCAGAUCAUCGACAGGCAGACAGGCCACCCAAGAAACGGCAUUCUGGGGCCCUAUUACCCUGGCCAGAAUAUAAUGCUGACAUGCAUAUCCCUGAAUGGUUCCCCCUUACCCAACAUCACGUGGUGGAAGGACAACAGAGUCAUCAGUAACGUGUGGGAAGUCACGGGCCCGGCGAAGGUGCAAAGUGACCUGACCAUUGACAACGUGACCCGAGAAUGGCAUAACCAGACCUUGAGUUGUACGGCGACCAACACCCAUCUUGCUAUUCCUGUGUCUGUGACUGUCCUCAUUCAGAUGUAUUUGUUACCCUUGAGUGUCGUGAUCAGCACCCCAGGAGCCGCCAGAGAAGGUCAGCAGACGAGACUCACGUGCACGGUUCACGGUUCACGCCCCCCGCCCAUCAUCACGUGGACCUUGAGGGGCAUCACCAAGAGGGCGGAGCUUAAGGAGAAGAACCACGGCCUCGUCUCCAUAUCCGAACUGCUCGUCAACGUGACUCGAGCGGACGACACAACGCGGGUGAAAUGCACGGCAGAGAACCCCGCUGUGCCUGGCUCCGUCCUCAGCAACUAUACCACUCUCACCGUGCACUAUCCUCCUUCAGUAACAGCAUCCUUAGGGCGGUCUUUGAAACCCGAUCUACUGAAAGAAGGAGAUGACGUCUAUUUCACGUGCAGUGUAGCGGCGAACCCCCCAGCCUCCACUAUCACUUGGUAUCAUGAGGGGACGGUGCAGGUGCAAAACGUGUCUCAGGGGGUGAUCGUGUCCGGGGAGAGCCUGGUACUGCAGAAAGUGAGGCGAGACAAGGCAGGGAAGUAUAAGUGCGGAGCCUCCAACGCCCUGGCCACCGUCACCAGCGCCCCCGUCCACCUCAAGAUUCGGUACAAACCCGAGUGCCAGACGUCGCCGACCACCUACUUCAUCUACGACAAGCCCAUCAACGUGACGUGCACAGUGUCGGCCCAUCCUCCCGUCCAGACCAUCACGUGGCAGUGGAAUAGCAGUGAGGAGGUCGUCGCUAUUCAGCAGGUGAGAGCAGGACGCCUCGAGCAGAUCACGGCCCAGCUGACCGUGCAUCCCGUGGAAAGCAAAGAGGACCGAAUUCUCUCCUGCUGGGCGGUGAACGUCAUGGGGAAGCAAGAGCACGCGUGUGGCUUCUCGAUCAAGGUUGCAGAAAUGCCGCUGCCCCUGUCUUCCUGCCGCCUGGCCAACAUCACUGCCUCAUCACUUAGCCUCACUUGCCAGCGCCCUCAUGUCACCACAACGGGCACCACACUCUACAGGGCUGAGGUCUACUUCGAAAACCGGACGCUCUUCGCCAACGUGACGUCCAAUCGCCCGAGUUUCAACGUGAGCCGACUGGACGCAGGGACGAGCUACCAGAUUAAAGUCUACGUCACUCAUGGCCCCGUGACAUCCCCGCCUGUGGUAGUGUCUGCCUAUACGUCUAGGUCAUCGAGGACGCCAGCUAAUUCGUCGCCAUAA